CUACUAUCCAAAAGAACCACUAUAAUGAAUUUAUACCCUCUUUAUCAACUUCAAAUCUCCCCAAAGUUUCCAUUAAAAACAUAUUCUCCUACAUCACUUCCCAAGAUCCAUCAUCUCACCAUCAAACACUGAAAAUGUGAGUUGUAACCAGAAGCAGAAAAUGACCUACAACAUACAGCUUAGUUUAAAGUGGUUGAUGAAGAAAACACAAGCUUCUUAUGUGUGAAUGCAUUUUCUGGAAUAAUUGGAGUUUUUCCGAAGUGGGUGUAUUAGGGUUUUAGCUCACUUGGCAUGGAGUUGAAGAAGGACAAAAUUGUAAGGUUUUAUUCUGGUGGGAAAAAGAACCCUGAUAUUGUACUGCCAAAAGUGGACCCUACAAGAUUAGAGAAGUCAUCUUCUACUUAUAAGCCUUCAUUAAUUUACUUUAAUGGUGAUGGAACUUUAGGGACUAGUGGUAGAUUAGGAGAACCAUUUAAGUGGGGUAAGGCUAAGGUUUUGUUGGAAGGGAAACAAUCAUGGAGAAAUAGGAUACUAGAUCCUGGAAGUGAAAUUGUGUUGAAAUGGAAUAAGGUUUUCAUUGUUUCUUGCUUGCUGGCACUUUUCGUCGACCCGUUAUACUUCUAUCUGCCUGGCAUAAGUGGGGAUAAGAAGAGAUUUUGUGUGAAAACUGACUUGCAUUUGCAAAUUGUUGUCACCCUUUGGCGGACGGUUGCGGAUCUCUUUUAUCUGUUGCACUUGAUCAUCAAAUUUAGAACAGCUUAUGUGGCUCCGAGUUCUCGGGUGUUUGGAAGGGGUGAGCUUGUGAGGGAUCCAAAUAUGAUAGCGCGGAGGUACAUUAAGUCUGAUUUCUUCAUCGAUCUUAUUGCCACAUUGCCUCUGCCCCAGUUUGUAAUCUGGUUCAUCAUUCCUGCAUCAAGAAGUCCAAGAACUGAUCACAAUAACAAUGCUCUUGCGCUCAUUGUCCUGCUUCAGUAUAUUCCUCGAUUAUAUCUGAUUUUCCCUUUGAGCUCUGAAAUCAUAAAGGCCACUGGAGUAGUUACAAAGACUGCAUGGGCAGGUGCAGCAUACAAUCUGCUAUUGUAUAUCUUGGCUAGCCAUGUUCUCGGGGCAGCAUGGUAUUUGCUAUCAAUCGAAAGGUAUACACAUUGUUGGAAGUCCAACUGUAGACAAGAAAAAGGCCCUCCUAAAUGUGUGCUUCAUUUUUUAGAUUGUGAUAUCUUCAACAGUCCAGCUCGUGUGGCUUGGGCUAAUACCACUUCUGUAUUCAGCAACUGCGAUCCAAAACAAAGUAGCAUCCCAUAUGGAAUUUUUGAGGAUGCAGUGAAGAAAAGUGUUGUUUCCACCAACUUUAUCCGAAAGUACUUCUAUUGUUUAUGGUGGGGCUUGCAACAGCUAAGUUCUUAUGGGCAAAAUCUGGAUACUACCACAUUCAUUGGGGAGACGUCAUUUGCCAUACUAAUUGCAAUUGUGGGUCUUGUCUUAUUUGCACAUUUGAUUGGGAAUAUGCAGACAUAUCUUCAAUCUAUCACUGUGAGGCUUGAAGAAUGGAGGCUCAAGCGAAGAGAUACUGAAGAGUGGAUGAGACAUCGGCAACUCCCUGAAGAUCUGAAACAUCGUGUCCGACGCUUUGUACAUUCUAAGUGGCUUGCGACUCGAGGAGUUGAUGAAGAAUCUAUUUUGACUAGCUUGCCUACUGACCUACGCAGAGACAUUCAACGCCACCUUUGCUUGGAUCUUGUUCGAAGGGUGCCUUUUUUCUCACAGAUGGAUGAUCAGCUACUUGAUGCAAUCUGCGAACGCCUCGUAUCCUCGUUGUGCACUGAGGGCACAUAUAUUGUUCGAGAGGGUGAUCCUGUGACAGAGAUGCUUUUCAUCAUUAGAGGGAGAUUAGAAAGUUCCACAACAAAUGGGGGUCGAACGGGUUUUUUUAAUUCGAUAACUUUAAAGCCUGGAGACUUUUGUGGUGAAGAGUUGCUUGGUUGGGCUCUGCAUCCCAAAUCUUCCCUUAAUCUUCCCUCUUCAACCAGAACUGUGAGAGCCCUUGUUGAAGUGGAAUCCUUUGCCCUUAGAGCAGAAGAUCUAAAGUUUGUCGCCAAUCAAUUUAGACGACUUCACAGCAAAAAACUUCAGCAUACAUUCCGGUUUUACUCUCAUCAUUGGAGGACUUGGGCUGCCUGCUUUAUACAGGCUGCUUGGCGACGAUCCAAGAGAAGAAAGAUGACAAAAUUUCUUUCCUCUUUGGAGUCCUUCUCUUCGGAAAGAGAUGACGAUGAAACUAGAGAGGAAGUAGAUUCCCCCUCAACUCCUCGAGUGAAACCAACCUUAGCAGUUACAUUGUUGGCUUCCAAAUUUGCAGCAAAUACCAGAAGAGGAGCUCAGAAGAUUAAAUUGCAGAAGCCUGAAGAGCCUGAUUUUUCCGUUGAUCCUGAUGAUGAUUGAGCACAUAUCACAUUUGCAUAUAGAUAAACAACUUAAGCUUCAAAACCGAUUGUCAUACGGUAAAAAGAAAAAAGGCAGUGAAGUCAAAGUCGAUGUUCACAGGGCACAGUUUCUGGAAAUUUCUGCUUGGUUCUGCACAGAAGAUUUCCAGGGAAGUAAGGGGGGCCACUGAGUAGUUUUGUGGAUGAUCAAAUUGAAGUAUCUGUGAGACUACAAUAUAGGAUUCAAAAAAGUGUAACUGUACAUUGAUAAAUUAGUUUAUUUGUCACUGAAAUGUGACAAUCAUGUAAAUGCGUAGUACACAAAAGACCAAGAUUACAGAUAUUUCUAGCUAGUAUAAUAUUUUUUAUUAUUGUUUUAAAUUUAAAAAUUUAAGUGGAUGAUCACUGGAAUUGAUUAAUUUGGUUCAUGAAGCGGAUGCUUGAUGUUAAUCUUUUAGGAUUAAACUUUAAUAUUGUUAU